GUCAGUUCGCGCGCGCCCUCGCCAUGGCUCGCUGGGUGCCGGCCCUCGCGGCCCUGCUCGUCGUCGUCGCCGCCGCGCGCAAGGCGCCGCCCCCGCGCGCCGAGCCGCAGAUCGAGGAGGUCACCGCCAAGCAGCUGGAGCGGGUGCUGGACGAGAAGGACUACGUGGCCGUGUUCUGGUAUGCAAGGAGUUGUGUGACGUGUGACAGAGUACUAGAAGAGCUAGAGAAGAUAGAUGACGACACGGACACGUUUGGUGUCGACUUCGUGAAGAUCAACGACAAAAGGCUCGCCAAGCAGUAUGGCAUCACGAAGUUCCCUGCACUCACGUAUUUCCGUGAGAACGAACCGAUCAUUUACGAAGGAGAUCUCAUGGACGAGGAGAGCGUACUGGAUUUCCUGACGAGCUUAGAAGCAAUGGACCUUCCUGACCGGAUAGAAGAAGUAAACCAGAAAAUCCUCGGCAAGAUCAUAGAGGAUACGGAAUAUGUGGCCGUUCUCUUCUGUCCCGAUCACAAAAAUUGCGGCCCGAUGAACAACAAACCCGAGUGCAAGAAAUGCGCGAAAGCUUUACAAGAGCUGGAAAACAUCGACGACGAAGCAGACCAACUCGGGAUAGGUUUUGUCAAGAUCCAUGAUGAGGAAUUAGCCGAAGAGUACAGUCUUGGAGAUCUGCCAAGAUUGGUGUACUACAGGCAUCAAAUACCUAUUAUCUAUGAAGGUGAACUUAGUAGGGAGGAAGACGUUCUGGAAUGGCUCAUUGCGAACAAGUCGACUGGGGAUGAAGAAGACGUGAUCGAGGACGUAACUGCCAAAACUCUCAACACUCUCAUAGGCAAUGUCGACAACCUUGUUGUGUUAUUUUAUGAUCAUGGCGAUGAAGAAUCGAUGACAGUUCUCGGAGAGCUAGAGAAAAUAGAUGAUGACUGUGACCGACACGGAAUACAGUUUGUCAAAAUUGACGAUAAGAAAGCUGCUAAAGAAUUUGGUAUUGAUGAUGUUCCUUCAAUAGUUUACUUCGAGAAGCAAAUCCCCAAUGUUUACGACGGUGACCUCGAGAACGAAGAUGAGAUUUUAGAAUGGCUUGUUGGUCAACUGGAGAAGGAUGAAAUCGAAGAUGUCACCGAUGAGAUGCUCGACCGUCUUAUCAAGGACGGGAAGACUGUAGCGGUAUUGUUUUAUGAUAAUAACGAUCGCAAAUCUCAAAAAGUGUUAAAUGAGCUUGAAAAUAUUGACGAUGAGUGUGACCAGCUUGGUAUAGCGUUUGUUAAAAUUGACAAUGAAGAAGAAGCCAAAGAGUACGGUAUUGAAAAAAUCCCAACUUUAUUAUACUUUGAAAAGGGUAUACCAACAUAUUAUGAAGGCAACUUAGAAGAAGAGGAAAAAGUUCUGAGUUGGCUUAAGCAUCAGACCGAGAGUGAUGAAAUUGAAGACAUUACGGACGAAAUGCUGGACUUGAUCAUUGAGAAAAUGCCGUACGUCGCCGUCCUGUUCUAUGAUAAGGAUCACAAGAAAAGCCAAAAGAUUUUAGCUGAGUUAGAAAAUAUCGAUGACGAAUGUGAUCAAAAUGAUAUUGCUUUUGUUAAGAUCGAUGACGAUAAAGAAGCUAAAGAAUAUGGCAUUGACACGAUUCCAACGAUGGUGUUCUUUGAGAAAGGAAUUCCUCAUAUUUAUGAAGGUGAUCUGAUGAAAGAAGAUGAACUCCUGGGCUGGUUAAUUCACCAGAAACGACACAGUGAAAUACCCGAAGUGACGGAUGAGAUGAUGGACAAACUGAUCGACACUGCUCAAUAUUUAGCUGUAAUAUUUUAUGAUAAGGAAGAUAAACAGGAUAUAAGAAUUUUGAAUGAGCUAGAAAAUAUCGACGAUGAACUGGAAAAGGAGGGCAUUGUAAUUGUAAGAAUAGAUAAUGAAGCCGAAGCUAAAGAAUAUGGUAUUGACCACCUACCCACAUUGAUUUAUUUCGAAGAAAAUAUACCAGCCAUCUACGAAGGUGAUCUGAUGAAUGAAGACGAAGUCCUGGAGUGGCUCAUCGAACAAAAAAACAGCGCAACCAUUGAAGAAGUUACUGAUGAAAUUUUGGUUGAUCUCAUCGAAGAGCAUGAAUAUGUAGUAGUAUAUUUCAGUGGCAAAUGUGAAGAGGGCGAAGAAUGUGACAACAUCUUAGAGGAAUUAGAAAAUAUUGAUGAUGAGCUAGAUGAGACGGGAAUUAUCUUUGUAACAACUGAAGACCUAACAGUAGCCAAGAAAUAUGGAAUAAAAACUUUCCCGACUCUAGUAUUCUUUAGGAAUAAGGAACCUCUAAUUUAUAAAGGUGACAUCGAAGAUGAAGAUGAGGUUUUAGCAUGGCUAACAGAUGAAGAUACUCUCGAAAUUCCUGGUAAAAUUGAAGAAGUAAAUUCCAAAAUGCUAGAAAAAAUCUUGGAGGAAAAUGAUCAUGUUGUGGUAUUCUUCUAUAAAGAAAAUGAUAAAAAAUCACAAAAAAUAUUAAGUGAGCUGGAAAAUAUCGACGAUGAAUGUGAAGAAAAAGACAUCGACUUUGUAAAAACAUCUGACGAAGGAGUCGAUAAAGAGUAUGACCUUCCCGAUCUGCCUGCUUUAGCGUUCUAUCGACACAAAUUUAGGACGAUCUACGAUGGUGAUUUGAUGCAUGAAGAGGCUAUCCUCAAAUGGGUUUUAGAUCUACACGAUUCUCAACCUGAUGUAAUUGAAAACGUUGAUAGAAAAACGUUGAAAGACCUUAUUGAUGAUGUCGAGCAUUUGGCUGUAUUUUUCUAUAGUGAAAACUGUGAUACCUGUGAAGAAAUUCUAGAGGAAUUAGAGACAAUUGACGAUGAUACAGAUAAACACGGUAUUCAAUUUGUCAAAUCUAAGGACGCUAAACUUGCAUCGGAUAUUGGCAUUUUUAGUUUCCCAGCCCUAGUGUAUUAUGAAACUGGCGUUCCAAUAAUGUAUGAUGGUGACUUAAAGAAUGAAAAAAAGGUUCUGCAGUGGCUUGUAGACCAAAAAAGUGAAGAUAGCCACCGACAUAAAAAUAAAGCUAAUACUAAAUCAAAGGCCAAUGCAGAUGUUGAUAAAAAAUCGGGGUUCCUGCGACGUAAUCUUAAUAUAGAACUGGUAAAGAAAAAUUUGCAAACUGCUGAAAAGAAGAGAGUCGGAAAUUUGAAGUUUCCAGGAUUGUUAGUAGAUAAAAAACGCCAAGAAGGCAAAACUAAACGAAGUGGUGUGCAAGACGACGAUGAAGACGACGAUGACGACGAUGAUGACGAUAGUGAUAUUGAUGAUGACGACGAUGACAAUGAUGAAGACGAUGACGAUGAAGACAUUGAUGACGACGAUGAUGACGACAUUGAUGACGAUGAUGAUGACAUAGUCACAAGUUUUAUCAAAAAAAAGUUAUCGCUCUUUAGAAAUCCUACAGAAAAAGAAAGUAGGGGCAGUAAGCUUAAAAUAAGUUUUCCUAGAACUGUAAAGCGUGAUGAGGAUAACGACGACCGUGAUGAUGAAGAUGACGACGAUGACGAUGAUGACGACGAUGACGAUGAUGACGACGAUGACGACGAUGACGACGAUGACGACGAUGACGAAGAUGAUGAUGACGAUGAUGACGAAGAUGAUGAUGAAGAUGAUGACGAUGAUGAAGAUGAUGACAAUGACGAUGAAGCUGAUGACAAAAAACAUGUGAAGGCGUACCAUAAAAUACUUAACUAUAAAGUAAGCAAAGGCCGUCAUGAUGCUGACAACGAUGAUGACGACGACGAUGAUGAUGAUGAAGAUAGUAUAUUUAGUAGAAUAAAAGACAUGUUUACAGGAAACUUGUUGGAUGAAACAGAAGUCUUGGAUUGGAUGGUAAGACAGAAAGAAGACGAAAGUAUAGAGGAAAUAGAUAGAGAUGAAUUAUUCAAAUAUAUUGAGACAAAGGAAUUCUUAGCUGUUGUAUUUUAUAAAGAAGAGGAUCCUUUAAGUCCGAGAAUUCUCAGACACGUGGAAUUAAUUGACGAUGAAGCUGCAGAAUAUGGAAUCAAAAUAGUAAAAUGUAGCGAUCGUUUAAUGGCGAAAAAAUAUGGGUUUCGUAAUCCACCUGGUAUAACAUACUUCAGGAAAACAAAAUAUAUUAAUUACGAUGGCGAUAUCGAUGAUGAAGAGGAAAUAUUAGAUUGGCUUACAAAUCCAGAAAACAUGGAACUUACUGAUCACAUUGAAAAGGUCAACAGAAAAAUGUUUCAAAAGAUAAGACAGACAUCGGAUUAUGUAGCUGUAUUCUUUUACAGUAAUGACUGCAAACAGUGCCCAAAAGUACUGCUCGAAAUUGAACACAUAGACGAUGAUGCGGAUGCAGCUGGUAUAAACUUCGUGAAGAUUGACGAUCGACAGAUGGCUAAGGAUUUCGGAGUAUUUGCGUUACCAGCAGUGCUGUUCUUCAAACUAGGCUCCAAAGAUCCUGUCAUAUAUGCAGGUGACCUUUACGAUGGUCAACAGUUGCUCAGUUGGCUGCUCACUCAAAAGAACCCAGCAGGAGAUGUCAUAGAAGCACUUGAAGGUCAAGAAUUAUUAGAUUUAAUUGAAGAGUCUACGUCUCUAGCGGUAUAUUUCUGGAAUAAAACACUAUGCGAACUGUGCAAUGCAAAAACAAUGCAAAAAAAGACGAAAAAGAGCUUAAAAGAGCACGAAGAAGAAGAAGGGCAAGAGAUAGAUGACUCACUCGAUUGUGAACAAUGUGCAGGAAUUUUAGAAGAAUUGGAAAAUAUUGACGAUGAUUGUGAUAGACAUGGCAUAAAAUUCGUUAAAACUCUAGACUAUUCGAUAUCAGAGUCGUAUGGUGUCACGGAUUUUCCAGUUCUAGUGUAUUUCGAAAACAAUAUACCUAAUGUUUAUGAAGGGUCCUUAGCCGAAGAAGAAGAAGUACUUCAAUGGUUAAUUACUCAGAAAACCGAAGAUCGUAUUGAACUGAUCACGAGAGUUAUGCUUGAGAAAAUGGUUGAAGAAACUCAAUAUCUGGCAGUAUACUUUUAUAAGUUAAAUUGUCAUAUUUGCGAUCAUAUACUGGAAGAGUUAGAAAAGAUUGACGAUGAAUGUGACGUCUAUGGUAUUCAUAUGGUUAAAAUCCAAGAUCCUCAACUCGCAAAAAGAUAUUCAAUUAAAACUUUUCCAGCUAUGGUAUACUUUAGGAAUGGAAAUCCACUUUUAUUUGAAGGAGAUUUGCAGAACGAAGAAUCGAUUCUUGAAUGGCUUAUUGACGAUGAUAAUCGUGAAUUAGCAGACGAGAUUGAGUCAGUAAAUGAACGGAUGCUUGAGCGACUAUUAUACGAGUCACAUUUACUGGCAGUAUUUUUCUAUGAUGAAGAAGACUGUCCUGAAUGCCAAGAUAUCCUCGAGUCCUUAGAACAAAUAGAUGGAGAAGUCGAUCAAUUCGGAAUUGAUUUUGUCAAAAUAUCAAGUCCAGAAGCUGCGGCAGCGCACAAUAUUGUAAACAUACCUUCUUUAGUUUACUUCAGGAAAAGAAACGCGAUGUUAUAUGACGGUGACUUACAUCAAGUGGAUAGAGUCCUGCAAUGGUUAACUUCUCAAGAAGUUUUUGAAAUAAAAAAUGAGAUUGAGGAAGUGAAUAGAAAAAUGUUGGACAAAUUAUUGGACGAGAAUGAAUUUCUUGCUGUUUAUUUCUACGAAAAUUCAGCUGAGAGUCGUAUUGUGAUGGAUAAAUUAGAGAACAUAGACAGCGAAACAGACAAUUUGGACAUAACAUUUGUUAAAAUGCAUGAUACUCGUUACGCUCGCAAGUGGGGUGUCACUAAACUACCGGCUAUAGUCUAUUUUAGGAAACGGUUUCCAAGUAUUUAUAGGGGUGAUGUUAUGGAAGAGGGUGAAGUGCUGGAAUGGCUACGGAAGAACAGAUUUAGGCAGCCAGAAUUAAAUAUAUUCAUGUACGGAUUGAUAGCCCUGUCGAUAGCUUUCGUUAUGUACACUGCCUUUUUACUACAGUGCUUUAAACCAACGAACACUGCGCCACCACAGCAUCCGAAGCAGGCGUGAAAAAUAUUUUGUCGGGUUAUAAUACCUUCGAUGGUCAAUUGCGACGAUAGCAUUUGGCUAUAUUUACACGAAUUUAUUACCUUUCAGUGUUCAAAGGUUUUUUUAAACGUUCCAACUUAAGAUGUAUGUACCCAAUAGUGUACUAUACAGGGAAGCUGAGGAGGAAAUAUCAGCUUUAAGAACAAUGAGUGACACCGUUAGUACAUCAGCUGUUCAAUAAGCUUGCCUACUCAUUUUUAAAGUUUAUUAAUAUCGAUGAUGACACAAGGUUUCGAUUAUUGCCAAAAAGUAGUUAAUUUACAAAUAAAUGGGAUCAAACUUAACCUAAUAUAUUUUAUUAGGUUUUAGAACAGAAGACAGUUCUUUAUUUAGGGUACGUCUACCGAUUAUGAAUAUGGAUAUAAAUCUCUGUUUAAAUUGUUGUUUAUUAAUUUUCUUUCAAAUAUUAAUUUUUUUAUCCUCUGAUAAUUGCUGGAAGUUAACGCAUUUUGAGGCGUCUCAAGACUGUGUACCUACUUUUUAUAAAUCAAUUAUCUACUCGCCAAUGUUUUUAUUCGUGUGCGAUGCUAUUCUUAUUUAAUCAUUAUUAUUCAUUCAAUGCAUGUGGUUUUGCAAUUUAAUGAUCUUUAAUUACUUUUUUAAACUUUGAAAGACAUUAUUAAAAUAUUUUAUGUUGCCCUAGUAGGUAUGUUAACUUUGUAAUUUUUGAAGUUUUAAAUUUAGAUCUGCCUUUUAAUUUCUCAUGUAAGUUUGACUCGGAGCCUUAGAUUAGGCUUAUGAUUCCCGUCUAAUGACUUUAUUUUCUUAAUUUUUGUCAGGUAGGUACCUCCUGUUUAUUUUUAAAAUUUAAUGUUUUCGAAACAGUAGUUUUAUUUUUACCUUGAUAAUUUAAAUAAUAACUUUUAAUUCAUUAAUUAUAUUAAUCGCCAAUUACUUUUUGUCAUUCCCGCUCAAACUUACUAUUUGUAUUAUAUACCUACCCAUUAAUACUCACGUUUUAUAUUGUACGUUAAACUUUAGGAAGAGAUUUCGGCUUUGUAAUGCGUUGUCUCUGUCACUCAUACCUACUUAUCUGACGUUUCGUCGGUAUCAACGACAGAGACAACGCUCUACUAAACCGUUAUAUAUUUCUCAAGUUUGAUGUACCUUCAAUAUUUCCUGCCGGGCACUGUACUUAUGUGUAAUAUAUAUUUUGAUCAGCUUAAAUGAAAUAUUAAUGACAGGUUUUGUAAAUAUUAUAACAAGGCAAGAAAACUUAUAAAUAAAAUAUAAUACAUACAAUGUUCUUAUGAUAAAUAAUAAUAAUAAUCAAUGACCUUAUUUUAUAUUUCGUAUAAUAUUAUUAUAAGUAAGUAUAUAAGUACUACCUUCUUGUAAUAAAAGCAGCACCAUGCUGCUAUUUCCGAUUGUAACAAAAUAUAUAAGUAAAUAAUAAUAUUAUUCUGUUGUGCUCAAAGAGUAAAGCGCGCGUUUGAGCUUGCGUACGUUAAGUUGUUAAAAUUGUACAUAAAUUGUAAAUAUUUAAAAUAAAUAAAAAUAGUAAAAAUAU